CAGCCGGGAAAUGCCUUGACGGAAGCCUGCCAGGUUCUCCUCCUGCAAGAGACCUGAAGGUGUUCUUCAGCGGAGAAUGGCAGGAGAUUCUUGUGUCCUCAUGGACCACAACAUGGAGACAGGAGUAACACCUGCACAGGUGAAGAAACUUCCUAAACAUCUGAGGGAGGCCCAGAUAUCAACCGAGCGAACCCACUUGAUUUCUGAACCAGUGAAAAGGCCUCGACAGCGGUAUGUGCAGAAGGAUGGCAAGUGCAACGUUCACCAUGGAAAUGUGCAAGAGACCUACCGUUACCUCAGUGAUUUAUUCACUACGUUGGUGGAUCUACGGUGGCGUUUUAGCCUUUUAAUUUUCACACUGGUCUAUGUGAUCAAUUGGCUUUUCUUUGGAUUUCUCUGGUGGCUGAUCGCACUCAUUCGUGGAGAUCUGGUACACGCCGAUGAGGAUGGCUGGACUCCUUGUGUGGAAAAUCUGAACAGUUUUGUCUCGGCUUUCCUCUUCUCCAUCGAGACGGAGACCACCAUUGGGUAUGGCUAUCGUGUAAUCACAGAAAGAUGCCCUGAAGGCAUCAUACUACUUUUGGUGCAGGCCAUCUUGGGAUCCAUAGUCAACGCCAUCAUGGUAGGCUGCAUGUUUGUCAAGAUUUCACAGCCAAAGAACCGUGCCGAGACACUCAUGUUUUCACAUAAGGCCGUCAUAUCAGUGCGAGAUAACAAGAUGUGCCUGAUGUUUCGGGUGGGAGACCUGAGGAACUCUCACAUCGUGGAGGCAUCGAUCAGAGCGAAGCUAAUUCGCUCACAGCAAACCAAAGAGGGGGAGUUCAUCCCACUCAACCAGACUGACAUCAACAUCGGCUUCGACACAGGGGACGACCGGCUGUUUUUAGUGUCACCGCUCAUCAUCUCCCAUGAGAUCAACGAGAAGAGUCCCUUCUGGGAAAUGUCACUGACCCAGAUGGAGAAGGAGGAGUUCGAGAUUGUGGUCAUCCUUGAGGGCAUGGUGGAGGCCACAGGUAUGACAUGUCAGGCUCGGAGCUCCUACCUGGACACUGAGGUGCUGUGGGGCUACCGCUUCACACCCGUUCUAUCUCUGGAGAAGGGCUUCUACGAGGUGGACUACAACAACUUCCACGAAAUCUACGAGACCAACACGCCCACCUGCAGCGCCAAGGAGCUAGCCACUGAGUUUCGGGAUGAGCCACUUUUGCCUCAGCUUCCACUCCUAAGCCCUGAGCCCAAAACUCUUACUUUUGACCACCUGGACCGCCUGUCAACACUGGAUCCACUAAGCCAGGAUGAGGCGAACAGGGAGAGGGGUUUAGGGAGUGACAGAGGAGAGAACAAUGGCUCAGCUGCUGCUCUGGGGGAGCAGCCUCUGGUUGAUGCACUUCCUGACUGAAGGGCCAAAUCAGCCAAAAACCCCAUGAAAGACUGAAUGGUAGAAUGCUUCUUUGAAUCAAUGGCCAUCUUGUUCCAGUGCAGCUCCAGGAGACAGAAGCCUUCUGACUCAUGCAAUAUUCCUCUAUGAGAGUGUCCAUCUAUAGCUUAGAUUGGUUUGGUAGGCUAAUAAGUAUGCAUACAGAUACGCACAUGUACAAUAUCUGUAUUUACUCUUCAAGGUUUCAGAUCGUCUUUUUAUAUUCACAAUGACCACUUA